AUCAGUUGAAAACCUACAAAAUAUACACCUAUAUAUAUCUAUAUAUAUAUAUAUAUCAAUAUUAGGCAGCAGGAGUACUACUACUACUGCUUCCUAAAGUUGAUCUCCUGAAUCUUACCCUAUUUUACUUCUUUCUCUCUUUUCCUUUGAAUCCAAAAACCUCAUCACCAUGCUAGUUAAAUACCGUACUUAUUAGAAUUCAAUCCCCGUCUUGUAUUCUGUGUUCGGAAGACAAGAAAAGAAGAGAAAAGAUCAAAGAAAAAAGCUUCAUACAUCAAGAUCAAUAUCAUGAGAGCCGGAGGCUGCUCGCUUCAGCAGGGUCUCACCGCCGAUGCUGCAAGCGUCGUGAAGCAAGCGGUGACGCUUGCUCGCCGCCGAGGCCACGCCCAAGUGACGCCUCUUCACGUGGCUAACACCAUGCUCGCAUCUUCCACCGGCCUUUUGAGGACGGCUUGUCUUCAAUCCCACUCUCACCCUCUUCAGUGCAAAGCCCUAGAGCUUUGCUUCAACGUCGCUCUUAAUCGUCUGCCAGCGUCGAAUUCUAGCCCUAUGUUGGGGAAUCACCACCAUCAUACUCAGCACCCCUCGAUCUCCAACGCCCUAAUCGCGGCCUUCAAGCGAGCGCAGGCUCACCAAAGACGAGGCUCUAUUGAGAACCAGCAGCAGCCACUCUUGGCCGUGAAGAUAGAAUUGGAGCAGCUCAUUAUCUCCAUCUUGGAUGACCCCAGCGUGAGUAGAGUCAUGCGAGAGGCCGGGUUUUCGAGUACUCAAGUGAAGAGCAAUAUUGAGCAAGCCGUUUCUUUGGAGAUAUGUUCACAAAGUAGUACCAACCCAAAUUCCGUAAGUAGUAAUAAUAACAAGUCCAAGGAGAGUAAUCUUUUGGUUCUCUCCCAUCAGCAAUCUCCUAUGGUUAUAAACGGCUCUAAGGUAGGCAAACCGGCGGUUUCGUCGGAACCCGUUAGGAAUGAGGAUGUCAUGAGCGUGAUAGAGAUUUUGGUGAGCAAAAAAAAGAGAAGUGUUGUGGUUGUGGGAGAGUGUAUUAGUAACAUUGAGGGUGUGGUUAGGGGAGUGAUGGAUAAAGUGGAGAAGGAAUUAUUAGAAGUUCCUGAAGGUCUAAGAGGUGUGAAAUUCAUACCACUUACUCUUUCUUCUUUUGGAAAUUCCUCUAGAGUGGAGGUUGAGCAGAAGUUUGUGGAGCUCAAGAACCUCUUGAGGAGUUGUGUGGCCAAAGGGGUGAUUUUGUAUUUGGGAGAUCUUCAGUGGACUAGUGAGUAUAGGACUAGUUCAAGUGGUGAUCAUGGUAGGGGUUAUUAUUGUCCUGUGGAACACAUGAUUAUGGAGAUAGGGAAAUUGGUUUGUGGGAUUGGAGAAAAUGGGAAAUUUUGGCUCAUGGGCAUUGCCACUUUCCAAACUUACAUGAGAUGUAAAUCUGGCUACCCAUCGUUGGAGACCAUUUGGGGUAUUCAUCCUCUUACAAUUCCGGCAGACAGCUUGCGGUUGAGUCUCCUCACAACUGGAAGUGACCUGAAAAGUGACGAGUCCGCCACUAAAAUUACCAAUGGGACGUCCAAAAGCUUGAUAGUUGAAGUUACUGGAGACAAGCACGAUCAGCUUAAGUGCUGCGCCGAGUGCUCAGCCAAGUUUGAGGCCGAAGCUAAAACCUUCCAAAACAGUAAUUCUUCGAACAGUCAAUAUUCCACUACUUCAAACCUCCCUGCAUGGCUCCAACAUUGUAGAUCUAAUAAUGAUCAGAACUGUGUUCCAGUCGCAGACCUUUGCAAAAAGUGGAACUCAUUUUGCUAUUCAACUCAUCAGCACCGACAAGCAAAUAGCAACUAUUAUUCAGAGAAAAACCCAAUCACAUUCUCUUCCGUGUCACCUUCUUCCUCUGCUUCUGGCUUCUCAUAUGAUCAUCUUCAUCACCAUCAACAAAACCCUAAUCAGUCUUGGAGGGACCACGGUUUCUGGGUAUCGGCCGAAACUCCGAACAAAAGUACUAUAAGCACAAUCAUUGAGCCAAGUUUGAGAAUGUACUUCCAAGACAAUAAGGAAAACAAUCCAUCAAAACAACCGAUGCUAUUUUCUUCCAAUCCCAAUUCUACCCCUACUUCAGCUUCUUCAAGCGAUGUCAUGGACGCCGAGUACUCGCACAAGUUCAAAGAGCUCAACUCCGAGAACCUGAAAACCCUAUGCAUCGCAUUGGAGAAGAAAGUGCCGUGGCAGAAGGAUAUAAUCCCCGAAAUCGCGAGCACGAUCUUGAAGUGCCGGUCGGGCAUGGUGAGAAGAAAAGGGAAGUUCGGAUUGAAUAUGAAUACCGCUGAUCAGAAUCUUCAAGCCAAAGAAGAGACUUGGUUGGUCUUUCAAGGUGUUGAUACUGACGCCAAAGAGAAGAUCGCGAAAGAGUUGGCUAAGCUCGUCUUCGGUUCAACAAACGAGUUUGUUUCCAUUGCUCUGAGCAGUUUCUCGUUGACGAGGGCAGAUUCGACGGAGGAUUGUGGCCGGAACAACGUCAACAAGAGGUCAAGAGACGAGCAAAGUUGCGGUACUUACAUCGAAAGGUUCGGAGAAGCGGUGUCGUUGAAUCCCCAUAGGGUGUUUUUGGUUGAAGAUGUUGAGCAAGCGGAUUAUUUUUCUCAAAUGGGGUUCAAGAGAGCCGUUGAAAGUGGACGAGUAAUGAACUCGAGUGGCGAAGAAGUCGAGCUUAGGGAUGCUAUUGUAAUUUUGAGCUGUGAAAGCUUUAGCUCAAGAUCAAGGGCUUGUUCUCCUCCUUCUAGACAGAAGAUAGAAUCAGAUCAUCAGCUUAAAGAUCAUGAUUAUCAUGAUCAUCAGGUUGUGGAGGAGACAAGUCCUUGUGUGUCUCUGGAUUUGAACAUUUCCUUUGAUGAUCAGAUGGAUGAAAAUGAGAGUCCUGGUGAUGAUGAAGAUCAUUCAAUUGAUGAUAUUGGGCUUCUUGAGUCAGUGGAUAGAAGGAUUAUUUUCAAGAUUCAAGAAUUAUCAUGAAGAGAAAAGAACUUAUGUGCUUAAUUAGGGUCGUAUGCCUUUGAUCUUUCUCCUUUUUUUUUUUUCCUUUUUUUUUUCCUUCUUUUCCUUUUUUCUAUAUUCUCCUUGUUAAUUUUAACAUGCAUUUAGAUUUUUGACACGCAACCUAGGG